CCCUUUAAAGACAAACUUUGCAAACAAGAAUAACCUUGAGAAAGACCCUUAUACGCAGAUCAAUGCUCAGGAACGGUGCCAACCACUUACAACUCCCCUUUGACAUUUCACAGAUGUGUUUCACGCUAGGGAAGAGGCCUCCUUCUACACCGAAACCCAAAUCCAUGCUUUGUGUCUUGGGUGCAGUGGGGGACUUAUCGGAUGAGCCGCUGGGGAAAUACGUGCCCCCUAUGCUCUCUUUGGUCAACUAGAGUCACCUUGGCAGAGGGUUCCCCUGCCUCCCAGGGGAUACUUCUGUGGUGCCUUGACCUAAGCCUCUCCCGGGAAUUCUUUAUCUGUUCGGGAGGUCUUGUGGAGUGCAGCUUCACAGUCCCACGGAUCUGCCCAGAACCAUCCGGCGGUCCCCAGCCCCCAAGCUCUGGGACGGCUUCGGGGCUGCGCUAGCCAUUAAUGGACAUCAUCCAUUUUUAAUCAGAAAGAUCAGAAGAAAGAUGGUAAGCGAAUCCCAGUCGCAAGUCAAUUUAAAUAACAUUCCUGGGGAAAUCCAAUCACUUAAAACUGAGACACCUACGCGAGCAAGAGCCCCCGCCCGACUAGCAAGGAAGAGCGCGACGGCUGAAUUUUAAUCAAGAUCAGGGGGCUCCAGAGCUGAGCGCGGAGCGUUAACCCUUCCAGCCCCGGAGAGUGACAAGGGGGCUUGCAAAAGCGCGGACGGCCAGGGCGAAGAUGCCCACGGCAGCCACGCACAGGCUGCCUCUGCCAUCUUGGGCGGCUCCGAACGCCCAGAGCUCUACCCGGGAGGCUGGGCGCUCGCGGUUAAGGUCAGAAGCUCAGGAAGCCGCUCCGGCUGCGAGGAGAGGCCGCCUCCCGCAGCCUCUGCGCGCCUUGGGCUCCUCCUUCCGCCCAAGCGUGGCCAAGUGAGGACUGCUCCGGCCGCAGGUAGCCGAGGCGCGGGAGGCGGCGCGCUGGACCCAGCGGAGCGCCCGGGGAGGGGCCGACGGACACGCGGACAGACGGAUCCCCCAACCCCCGCCCGGGACAUUAGCAACGGUCUGCGCGGGCCAUGUGGGGGCCCGGGGUCACAGCCGAGGGCCUGUCGGUGGCGCCCGCACCGCCGCCGCUGCUGCCGCUGCUGCUACUGCUGACGCUGGCGCUUGUGGCGCCCUCGCGGGGCGGCGGGGGCUGCGCGGACCUGGCGUGUGGCGAGCGGGAGCGCUGCUGCGACGCGGCUAACGCCACAGCGGUGCGCUGCUGCAAGCUGCCGCUGCACGCCUUCCUCGACAACGUGGGCUGGUUCGUCCGCAAGCUCUCGGGGCUGCUUAUCCUGCUAGUGCUCUUCGCCAUCGGCUACUUCCUGCAGCGCAUCAUCUGCCCCAGCCCACGCAGGUACCCGCGCGGUCAGGCGCGGCCCGGGCAAGCACGGCCCGGGCCGCCGGGGGGCGCGGGGCCGCCGGGGGCCGCGGGGCCGCCCGACGACGACGACGACUCGCCCGCGCUAAUGCGCGACGAGGCGGCUGCCGGCUCCCAGGACUCACUGCUGGACAGUGGAGGCGGGGGCCGGGGAGGCGGAGGGCGCUCGGCCCCCUCCUGCGCCUCCGAGCACGAGCUUCGCGUAGUCUCGCCGAUCUUCCUGCAGCUGCCCAGCUACGAGGAGGAAACGUUAGGCGCGCGCGGCGGGGGCCACAGCAGCGGACAACCCAGGAGCGCAACUUCGAAGGCCGUCCCUACCCUCAGCCUCUGCUCAGACUGUGUUCACUCACAGGUCACGGUCUCCGAAGAUAAGCCAAGGGCUAGGAGCCGUGGGGGUGAGCCACCACUGGAGACUGCUGUGCGCGGUCGGGGAGAUCAGCUCCUAGGUAUGAUUGAAUCCCUCCCUUAGGGAGAACACCCACCCUCCACCAAAAAAAACUUGCUAUCUUCCUGGCCAAGUAUAGUCACAGCUGAUGGCUCACAAUUUGAUGAGGAAUACCCAGGAUAUCCAGUUAGGGGGUGUACCUAUUGAAGAUACAGCAUUUAGGUAUAUUGAAGACCGUAUUUGUAAUAAGGUACAGUUGGGCUUUUGAUUUUUCAGUUACUGAGAAGAUACUUAUAUUUAUUUGUCUUUUAUUUUUAUAUUUUUACCAUGGAUUGAACGUAUCAGGAGUGUGUGCAGUUAAUGACAUGAUAAUCGUCUUUUCGUCUUUUUUAGGUCUUAAUGGCCUAAAUUGUCAUUAUUGUUUAAUAAAAUGUUGGACAUUAUUUCAUUUAUAAUGGGGGAAAAAAGGAGGCAUGGUCAAACGAGACAACAUAUGUGACAUAAAACACAUGACGGAUAUCUUAUUUUCACUAUUUGAGAUGAAUAUAUUUUAUUUUUAGUACUGUGUCAUAACAUAUAACUUUUUGUAAUAACUAUAGAUUGUGUAGUCUAGGUCUUAAUUGUGUCAUUCACCACAUAGUUAUAUGUAGAAAUGAUUGAUACACGUAUGCCGUACCAUGAAGCAUGAUGUCAUGCACUUUUCCCUCUAUUUUAAAAUACAUUCCACAACAUGAUACAAAACAUAAGAACUUGUGACUUGUGACUUCUCUUCAAAGCCAUAAUUGUGCAAGUAAUGUACUACAGAAGGAUUUAGUCAACCUAUCCUAAGAAAAAAAUAAAUGUCAUUGUAUCAGUUCCACCAUCCUAUGAAAUGUCCUUUAACCAAAUGGUAAUUUAAAAUAAUAUAUUAAAAUGCAUUAUGUAUAAUGUACAUAUGUAUAUUGUCUAUGUACAAUAUACACAUUGUAUACCAUAUAAUUAUUAUACUUUAUGAUUGUCAUGAAAAGUAGGAAACAAAAGGUUUCUCUGCUUGUGGAAAGAUGAGUGUUAUUAAGAAAGAUUUUACAUGGGAACCACACAUAUGUACCUAGAAACACUGAUUUUAUGAUUGAAAACUUUGACAGUCCUGAAAUUGUAUUAGAAGAAACUGAUGAUUUGAUUAAUUUGAGAAAUGAUUUAAUUGAGAAAUUAAUGUGAGAAAAUGAUUUAGACUUUUAAAGGCGAAUAGAAAAAGUCUGGCAGUUCUAAGGAAUUUUAAAUGUCUGAAUUGUAAUAGAACAGAAUGGUUUACUCUAAAGUUCUAAAAGCUAAUGACCCUGUCAUUGAAAUCAUUUGAAGUGUAUUAAAGCAUAGAAAAACAUUAAAAUCGUUCUCUCUGUAAAUUGUACCAGAUGUGUGACUAUAUGGUAUGUAUUAAAAUAUGAAAUGUGUAUCUUUGUUAUUUAUAAGCAGUCUUAAGCUGUGAGUUGGCAAAACAAUGAGUUGAGACUACAUGGAUUGACAAUGGCACAAAAUUUAAUGAAAUCAUAGCAUAUUGAAUAAUUGCGUAUAUUCAUGUUAGUCAAACACUAUAAAUCUUAGUUUUACGUGUGGCUAUCAAUACUACCCACCAUUCAAACAAACUGGAAAGUUGCCUUAAUCUUUUAAAUUAUUUAUCCUUUGAGGGUACACUGUUUUAGACACUUCUUCAAAUUCCCCAUAUCUGAAACAUCAACAUAAAUAUCCAUAUAUAUAUCCAUCCUGUAUGUUGUUGCUAUUACUAACAUCUUGACCUUUGCAACAAAAUCUUGUAAAAAUAUAAUAUGAAUCAAGUAUAUUUCCUUUGUAUCAACUGUGGAACAAUUCUCUCCCUAAGAUUCAGAAUGUCUGUAACGUAACACUAAUCAUGAAGGAGAUUACACUAAAUUUUAAAAUUACAACAAACUACGUUUGUUUUUUUUCCUAGUCAUCACAUAAGCUUUUAUGCACAUCCCUCAUUUAAUAAAAAUGAGUUUGACUCUGUGUUUUUCUUGCACUCCA